AUGACGGAAGAUGUUCGCUUCAACUUCAUAGAUGGCGAUAUAGACUUUUCCUUUUCUGAUAAACGCCAAGAGCUGCAACAGGAACGCCGGCAGCCUCAGGCUCAGCCUCAGCUGCAUCAUGCAGAUGCUCGGAAGAAACGAAGGCAGGGGGCGGGCGCAGCAGCAGCUGCUGCUGCCGCAGCAGCAGCAACAUCCGUAGCAGCAGCCACGCUGCAGCAGCAGCAAAAGCGGUUGAACCAGUUGUGCAAGAAGCGUGAACGCGAUCUGAAGCAACUCUUGCAGCAGCAACAGCAACGAGAGGAGGAGCAGCAAAACUCAGAAGACGACAGCAACUUCAGCCGUGUAGCUCGACUCUCUCGGAGCCUUGCCUCCCGCCGGCAGCAGCAGCUAGACGCAGCAGCAGUUCCUGCUGCACCAACCAAAAAAAAGAAAAAGAAAAAGAAAAGGGAAAAGAAUGAGGGAUCUUCACAGCCGACUCCAACGGAAAACAGCGAAGAGAAUCCGGCGGCUCAGAAGGUUGUAGCGACAGGCAACGACAGCAGCAGCAGCAGCAGCAGCAGCAGCAGCAGUACCAGCAGCAGCAGCAGCAGCAGCAGCAGUACCAGCAGCAGCAGCAACAAGAGAAAGGUGAAAUCUGUAGCACAUGAAGUCCCGUCUGCCCCGGUUGAGGGACAGGGCUGGACGGCCUCGGACUCGGACUUGCAGCAGCAGCAGCAGCAGCAGCAGCAGCAGCAGCAGAAGCAGCAGCAGCAGAAGCAGCAGUGGGAGAAACUAAGAGGCAAGACAAAGGGGGGCCGCAGCAUCAUAAUUAAAAGAGUUGUUGAGGAGGGUAGCAACACAACGAGAAGAAAAACAAAAACAAGAAGCAGACAAAAAAAUAUUAAAAAUGACCAUAGGCCAGACAGCAUGAUCCUGCAGCGUGGUGCUCAGCAGCAAGGCGUAGCUGCUGUGCUUUCCCAGAUUUGUUUGUAG